UAUAUAUAUAUAAUCUAAUAUAUAUAAGCACUAUAUAAAUACAUAUUUAUAAACAAUGUCAUGGAUAAGAGAGAAUACUUUAAAUUGGAUUCAACUUUUGCUUAUAAAAAUUUUAAGAACUGGUCAUAUUCCAAAACAUGUAGCAUUUAUAAUGGAUGGUAAUAGACGUUAUGCAAGUAAAAAUGGAAUGGAAAAAGUAGAUGGACAUGCGAAAGGAUUUGAUAAAUUUGCUGAAACUUUACAAUGGUGUAGAGAUUUUGGAAUAGAAGAAGUAACAUUUUAUGCAUUUAGUAUUGAAAAUUUUAAGCGACAGCAAGAAGAAGUAAAUGGACUUUUAAACCUUGCACAGCAAAAGUUUCAACGUUUAUUAGAUGAAAAGGAUAAAACAAGAAAACAUGGAUUACGUAUUCGUAUAAUUGGUAACUUAUCAUUACUACCUCAGAAAAUACAAGAAUUAAUAGCAGAAUCUAUGAUCUUUACUAAAGAACAUAAUAAAGUAUUUCUUAAUAUUGCAUUUGCAUACACGUCUAGAGAUGAAAUUACACAUGCUAUUAAAGAUGUAAUUGAAGGCAUUGAGAAUGGUGAUAUUUUUCCAGAAGAUAUUGAUGAAAAUCUUAUUUCCAAUAGUUUAUAUACUCAUGAGUCACCAAAUCCUGAUUUAUUAAUUCGAACUUCUGGAGAAGUCAGAUUCAGUGAUUUUCUUAUGUGGCAAGUAUCAAAUACAUGUGUUUACUUUACUAACGUAUUAUGGCCAGAAUUCAAUUUAUGGGAAUUUCUUAAUGCAAUAUUUUAUUAUCAAAGAUGUUAUUCUGAUAUACAAAAAGUAAUGAAAAUGCAAAAUACAAAGCCCAUGAUACAAAACAGUAGGCAAUCAACAUAUACAGAUAACUUACAUCAUAAAAGAGAAACCAUUCUUGAAAGAAUAUAUUUGUCAACUAUUUAAGUAUUGUAUAUAUUGAAAUUACAUUUUUAAAUAUGUUUUAUCAUAAUAUUAAGUAACAUUUAAAUGGAUAAUAUAUAUAUAUAUAAAUAACCAUAAUCUUCUCCCAACACUUGUAUUUACCUAUGUGCUUUAAAAAUAUUUUUAUAUAUUUCUUUUAAAUGGUGGAAAUCUUGCAAAAUUAUUGAACUAGUAUAAAUAUGAACAAUGUGAAACAGUAGAUCGUAUUAUAUUUUUAUUGUAUAUAUUUACAUGCUAGAUGUACUUAAAAAAAAUGAAUAUAAUGAUUAAUUAUUAAAAAUAUAGAACAGGAAUUGAAUAGAUAUACUUUGUGUAUUUACUUUAUAAUAUUUUGUAUGCCAAAGUCUUGCAAUAAA